AAAGGUUUAAUUAUAAGAAAUGGACACUAAAGGAUUACAAGGAGAAGAUAAACUGAAGAUGCUCAUAAUCUUACUUGCAUAUUUGCUAAGUAGGGUAAUUUGUGAGACUGGAGAUUGCAGAGAGCAGGAAUUUAGGGACCACGCUGGAAACUGUAUCCUCUGCAAACAGUGUGGACCUGGAAUGGAACUGUCAAAGGAAUGUGGCUUUGGAUAUGGGGAGGAUGCACAGUGCAUGACAUGCAGGCCAAACAGAUUCAAGGAAGACUGGGGCUUUCAGAAGUGCAAGCCUUGUCUGGAUUGUGCAUUAGUUAACAGGUUUCAGAAGACCAACUGUUCUGCCACCAGCAAUGCACUAUGUGGAGACUGUUUACCAGGAUUUUAUAGGAAGACUAAGCUUGGAGGCUUUCAAGACAUGGAGUGUGUUCCUUGUGGAGAUCCUCCUCCUCCCUAUGAGCCUCACUGUACCACCAAAGUAAACCUUGUAAAGAUCCCAUCAACUGCUUCCAGUCCUCGAGACACUGCUCUAGCAGCUGUUAUAUGCAGUGCACUUGCGACAGUGCUCUUAGCUCUUCUCAUUCUUUGUGUUAUCUAUUGUAAGAGGCAGUUUAUGGAGAAGAAACCAAGCUGGUCUCUGAGAUCACAAGACGUUCACUACAAUGGCUCUGAAUUGUCAUGUUUUGAUAGACCACGGCUAAAUGAAUAUGACCAUAGAACAUGUUGCCAGUGCCAGAGAAGCACAUCACAAACAUGUGGACCAGUUCACUUGAUUCCAUCCUUGUGCUGUGAUGAAACCUGUAGCAUGGAGCACAGCAGUCACAGUUGUGCUUUCCACUCACAGACUGCGCUUAAUGAAAGGGCUUCUGAUUCUGUUGGAGAAAUGAUUCCUACCUUCCUUGGUUCUCUUUCUCACUCUACCUGUGGAGACAUUUCAGACGCUUGGCCUCUUAUGCAAAACUCAGCUUGUGACAGCAUUUCUUUCUGUGAAUCAUACUCAGAACUGGCUGGAGGAUCUGCAAAAUCCUGGAGUCCUGAGACUGAAAAUGCAGCCACUGCUGAGUCGGGUAAUAACCAGGAUCCAAGUGAAGUACUUAUUUCAGCCAAGUCUCUUGAUGGAAACAUUGAAAAGUCCUUUGAAAUCUCCAAACAUAGAACAUGCAUAGAAGUUUCAUCACCUCAGAACUCAGUGGCUGCUGAAACCCAGCCAAAGACAAAGCGUAAUGGAACAGCAAAUGACUCUACAGACUGAUAAAGAGGUAA